AUGUCAAACCGCCGGCAACGACGUGCGCAGCAAGCCUCUGCAACCACCACUGCCGACAGCAUACCGCACACUCGGGCCUCCGAUGAUCCGCGGAACAAGAGCAAACCAGCCAAGACCCUCCUCGAAAUCGCCGCAGAGCGUCAGUCACAACUACUAGGCGACCAUUUGCCCACUGGGGCUAAGAUCAAGGAGUCAAAUGUGGUCAAUGUGACGAUCGAUCCGACCACAGGCGAAGUGCGAACGCUUGACGGCUCGCCUUUGCCUGCUGGACUGUCCUCCAAGGUCGAUGGAACGGGAAAAGUUGUCGUUGAGGAUGCCGACCGACUAAGUGCAGGUUCAGGAGCGCUUGGUGCAGGGGAGGCAGAUAUCGCGCCGUGGCUCGACACAUUACUGCUUUCAUUACCGCUCACCAUGAUCCAUUUCACUCUUUCGGUGUUAGCGAUGCACCAGUAUGCUCAAAAGCUCUACUUUCCGCCAUUGAUCACGCAAAGCCUUUUCAUCGCGUUUCCGACGCUGUCGCUGUUGGUACAUUUCUUCCGCGGCCACCUGUUGGGGUUAAGCGUGACAGAGGAGAGGGCUAGGGCUGCGGUGUUCUUGUUGCGGAGUAUAGUGUAUCUGGUGGUGGCGAAUGUGGCCGGUUGCUAUCUGUUGAUGUUGAGUAACGAUCGAGGGUACUACGCGGUGAUGAAGAAGGCGCCGAGUGUUGGGACGAUGUGGGUGUGGGCGGUACUGGAAAUGGGACUGAUAGGUGCGAUAGGAGGUGUGGCUGGGCCGGCAGCUUAUGCUUGGUGGAAAGGGUACGGGCUGUAG